CGUGCUGGUGCUGGUGCUGGUGGUGCUGGAGAAGAGCAAGCCGGCGCUGGACCUUGCCACCCGGAGGCAGCCUUUGUCCCUCUUGAGCACGCAGUCCUUGAGCUAACUAAGGAGGAGGGAGUACUCGUCGAGGCAGUCGACGGCCAGGCUAAGAAGAUGUAUGUCCCCGUGGCCAGCAGUCGAGAGGCGAUCGUCUUGCUUGCUCGACGAUAA